UUUAAGUUUGUAGAUGGUGAUUCGAGUACACCAGGUCCAUCCAAUCGCGCAGCAAGCAAGCUAUGCUGGACAUCUUGCUCGGGCGGUGUCGGGAUGUUUCAGCCUAUUCGAGGAGUAAGGUUCUUCAGGUGUGGGCAGAACUAUGCGAAGAACAUGCUGUUUCAAUUGGUCUGUGGAACGAUGUUGCUUCGGUUGCUUCUGGGACAUUGGAGGAUAAGAGUGCAUUCGUGAGGAAAGCGGCAUUGAAUCUACUCAUCACGAUGUUGCAGCAUAACCCGUUUGGUCCACAACUUCACAUUUCAUCAUUUGAAGCGCCCUUGGAGAAAUACAAGGAGAAACUGGAAGAGAUGGAACCCAAUGCACCUUCUGAGAGCGUUUUUGGACGGGAUACCUUCAGACAAUGAGACGUGUGAAGCAGAUGGAAAGGUUUAUCAGGCUGAAGUCAGAGCAGCAAGACAGCGUUACUGAUAGUUGUUUGCCUAGUGUGAAAGAUGGGGUCAACAAGGAUUCUUCUACGCUGGAUUUUGGGAACCUAGAGCAGACCAGUGCCUUGGUUGCAUCACUUGAGACAUGUUUGAGGUUCUCAAAGUGCAUAUCCUCCACAAUGCCGACUCUGGUCCAACUGCUGUCUUCAUCUUCUGCCACUCAUGUUGAAAACAUGAUUCUUUUGCUGAUGAGGUGCAGACAGUUCCAAAUUGAUGACUCUGAGGCCUCUCUCCGGAAAAUGUUGCCACUUGUAUUUUCGCAGGACAAGUCUAUCCAUGCAGCUGUUGAGGAUGCAUUCAUCACAAUUUAUUUGACAAGAAACCCUACAGAAACUGCUGCAAAUCUAUCGAGCAUUGCUAUAGAAUCUAGUAUCGGCGAUCUAGCAGCUCUAGAAUUUAUAGUUGGUUCCUUGGUAUCUAAGGGGGAUAUUUCUACAAGCAAGGUAUGUUUAUUUGAUUGUCAUAAUUUCAGAUGCUGCUUCCAUCAAUAUGAUUCACUCACUUUGCUAUAGAAGUUAUGCAUUGGUGUUCUUUUGGCAUUCUUUGACAUGCAUAGUUAGACACUUAGACUAAGAACUAAGAGCGCUGAUUUUUGCACACUUAAGGGCCUGUUUUUUUCACCAAUUAACAUGGUAAUGUAAAGAAAAUGUGCAAUAAUUACAAAUUGCUUUACCUGCCUCUUGACAACAUCUGCAUUUGACC